AUGGGCCGCACGAUGGUCAAUAUUACAAUCCCACCUAAGCUAUCCCUUCUGGUUGAAAACACAUUUCACAGUUUCGCUUAGUGUUUAACGAGAUAGGUCGCCUACUACAGUUAAGGUUGACGUACCCCUGACUGUUAUAAGUUUAUUUACUGACACCUUCACUCCAAUGGGAUCUUGUGUAUUCCGUCUGUGAAACUGUCCAUGGGUACGCAGUUUAUCAGUGGAAGACGGAACUCGGCUAUACUGUUCUUCCCCCAGUCUUUGCUGUCGGCACAGGAUGAAUUACCUAGGGCGAAUUUUCGGAUCUUUGGUAGUGCUUUAGACAGGUCGACCAAGAGAGGUUAGAAAACGCCAAGCCUCACCUGAUUAUGCUUCUAUUUAAUGAUAUUGUUUUUCAUCGUUAGGUACAAUUGCAAUCAACCUUCAAAAUAGCCGCUUAUGUAGCAAUACCAUCAGCUAAGGGCAAAACUUUACCACUAUAGAGUUGCUAUUCGUCAUCAUAAGAGGGGGACAAGCCUAAGACUAUGUUCUACGCUUGUGUUCCUGCGGAAGACAUACGUUGGCUUAGUUGCUUUAGAUAUUUCUACAGUUCUAAGACCAGCUCUCCAACCGCAUUAUUACUGAGUUUUAUGCCUUGGCAGAGCUAACUAGUCUUCUUCCAGCUUUCAGUUCGCUCUUAAUUCAGGUUGGGACAAAGCUCUCUGAUAGCGACCGGAGCGAGGAGGAUUCGGACAGCGUCACUCGCCUGACUGAUGACCAUCCAACUAUUUCUCCCCGUCUCCUCCGCAACGCCAUUCUGUUUCGUUUGGCUCUACUGGUUUUCAGCGUUUGGCAGGACCAGACUCGUUGGCCAGACGGCCAACUACGCUUCACGGAUGUGGACUAUGACGUCUUUUCUGAUGCUGCUCGCGCCAUGGUGCAAGGAGAGGACAUCUAUGAGGCGCGUCCCACCUACCGGUAUUCCCCUCUAAUCGCGGGCCUGCUGGCACCCGGUUACCUCCUUCUGGCCCGUUGUCCUGAGCGGCACCCUCUUCUCCGCACAGCUCUCACUUGUUUGGCUGUGUCAAUGGGCAAGCUGCUCUUUAUCGCUGCUGAUGUGCUCUGCGCGCUUGUCCAGUGCCGUAUCAUAUCUGUCGAGAGGCGGGUAAUGUGACUUUGUUUCUUUAAACCGUCCAGUCAUCUUGUCACUACUUUUCCUCUCUGCAGGCGUAUCUUUGCAAACAUGUAGAUUUUAUUUACACGCCAGUCGUGCAUACAUUUCACAAAAACACUUUACUUGAUUGGACACUGUUUUCAAUUAUCCUGUUCCUGGUCCGAUUUUUAUGCAUCAUUCGGCGUUUUGCUGUUGGUCAAGUAGAACGUUCUGGGCCUUGGGGAGAUCGAACGUCCGUCCGGACUUUCGCAAUUAUAUCCAAAGUCAUUUUUAUACAGGCUGACUGCAUUUUAAAACAUCUACUCUACUUAUCUGAGAUGGUUAGUACGUCUAUGUGAAUUAUCUUUCACGUCACCACUGCCACUGCAACAUAAUGUACGAUAAGUGCUGCUGUCAAACAUUUGACUGCCAGUAUGCCCAAACAGUGCGAGAUGUGCAACGCAAAGCACGUAUAAACUCUAAAGAGCAUAUAUUCAAGAAAAGAAACGGCAUUUAUCGAGACGACGUUUUGCGACUGCCUUCCAACUGUCACUUGUCGCCAAAUCAGAAAGAACGCUUGGGGAAAGGCAUGAAAUUGAACAUUGUUCAUCCAAUCGUCAGGAACAGGGACAAGUCAUAUACCACUACUGAACGGUCAGGAGCUGAGGUAAGUGUACCUCUCUAGAAUUUUCGCAGUUAGGAAUUUAAGGUUUCUGGGCAUAAGGUACAGCCAAUUUAAUUCAAUGGGUAUGCAAUGGGUGGAAGUCGGUCUUCUGCACAAACUACGUGCAUGUAUUGCCUGCGUAUACUUAGGAUCGUGCUCACAAUUCUCUUUUCCAGCAACCUACGAGAAUACUUACUGCCUAGGUCGCUUUGCAUCUCUAGAAAUACCUGUCAACGUCAAUUCGGAGCGAACUCCCCCGGCACACCUUAAACUGGCUUAUUGGUUUCUGCUGGCUCUUCAAUCCUGUGACAGUGACAGUCUCAGUCCGCGGGAACGCUGAGUCCGUCCUAGGCCUCGCCAUCCUCUGUUGCCUCCUCUGUGUUCUUCAGGAGCGCACUUUCCUCUCAGGUCUCCUCUUCGGCUUGUGCAUUCACCUCAAACUCUAUCCAGUCAUAUACUCACCUAUUAUCUAUCUUAUGCUCUGCCAACGUCAACUUCUCAUCGCCACCUCCGCACCGAGGCUUUCAGUCAAGGGUAAGUCGCCCGCAACCCUUACCCGCCAGCGCUGGAGGCGCCUCCUGCGUGUCAUUCUGGUGCCAAGUGUGACGCAUUGGCUCUUCGCCCUGGCCACUCUCAUUUCGCUCUGUAGUCUCACAACGGUGGGUUUUUACUUCUAUGGGUGGCGUUUCCUGCACCAGGCCUACUUCUAUCACUUCACUCGGGUUGACUUUUGGCACAACUUUGCACCCCACUUCUAUCCUAUCUACCUCUUUGAGGGUGUCCUCUCCGGUGAGAUGGCCACCCCAUCGGCCUACGACGCGAAUCUUUUUCCACUGCGACUACUGCCACCAGCCCUGUUGGCAUGGUUUUACGCUACACCAACACUGCAGCGCCUCUAUACCCUCUUCAAACUGCUCACCUUCCUGCCCGCCCUCAUCCUCGUACCUUCGCUCGCCUUCAAAUUGCAUAGGCGACCGAGCAUGGCCUGGUUCGCGAUCACUUUCGCCUUUGUUGCUUUUAACAAGGUCAGUCCUCCGUAUGGGACCAGAUGGAAUUCGGUUUUUUUUCAGGGACUGUUUAACCGCCGUUGCAUUUUGUCUGUCGUAUAUCGUUAGUAUUUUACUUAUGUUGUAGUAAGUCUCUCGCAAACGUUUAAGACCAUCAGCUUCCCUGAGAAUCAGGUCUGCGCUGCACGUACAUCAAUGCCACUGUUUCCGUCAAUUGUGGUCUGAUUUCAAGAAAUAGUAAAGACGAACCGAAGACGGAUAUGGGCACAGUGGCUGGCUACAGAAAAAGUCCUAGUUGUGCGUACCACACCGAACCCUUUCUACAAAUUCAUCCUUGCCAGGCUUUAAUGGAGGGAUUUUGGACAACAUCUACACGAGGUUGUUCUUAGGGCCACAUUAUGAGGGAGUCUUUAUGGCUUGACCGUCAGUCCUAAGGAUACCCGAUUUAUCUCGUUAUCUGGCAAACUUUUAGGUAGAAGCCAAGAGGAGAUUUCCAGGAAGCAGUCGUGAAGGAGACACGAUCGCCGAAACGAGAGCUUUAUUCGAUCGACGUUUCGGGUUCCCUUUCGAAACCAUAAUCAGAGACAACAUCUGAUGUCCCUGAGUAUGCCUUUGGGUCGGAAUCCGAAAGCUCGGACGAAUAAAACUCUCGUUCCAGCGACCGUUCUCCUUCACGGCCUUGUUAGUCACAACUGUUAGCAUCUCUUGGGAAAUCAAGCACUAGAUUCUGGCUUAAACUGCCUUUCCCUCCUCCAUAUGAGCGUCAAGUCGGAGUCCACGCGACUGAGGACGGCACUGAGCACAGUGACUGACCUUGCGUAAAUCCGCCGUCUAACGAAUAUGCACGAUAGUUGGACCGUCGUGAUCGAAGGUGUCCACCGUUUGCUCCAAACCACAGUGAGAACAGAGGUGGCGACUUGCGCUGAAAUUCUUUUUUAGUGAUAGUAGACUUGCGUUACGUCUACCGCGCCCCCUCCUCCCCCAUCUUACCCCAGUGUCAAGACGGAGUCAAGAAGACCGGUGACGAGAGCGGGCGCACGCGACGGGGACGCGAAAAUCCGCACCUAGAUGUGCCAUCACACCCCCUGGUCUUCUACAGUGCGUGACCGAUCUCAUGAAAUGCUGGCCGAAAUUAUGAAAUGCGUUUUCGAUUAGGAAGGAUUACUUGGGUGGGGUUGUAAUAUUGAUUAGUGUGCGGCACAAUCCUAUAACAUUUCAGACUCGGCAGGACGUCGACUUUUUAAUGCACGUAUUUUUUGAUUUCCUGUAGAAACCGUACUUGGCAAAGAGUGACUACUUAAGUAGCAUGCAUCUUUCGCAUUGAUUUUCGAUGAUUUUAUAAAUUCAAAAAUACUUCAUGCAAAACAUAGACAAGAAAUGCUUUCUUUUACUCAUUUGAUUGAGAAUCACGUCAUCAUUAAAUGGAAUACUUGGAGACGGAGUAUAGUUAGGUUUUAAAAAAGUUUUCUUAUUCGCGGAUAAUUUGUAGCCUAAUCGGCUGUUGCAUUAGCGCUUAGUGAUUUCAAUCUACAAGUGCAUGCGUUCCGUGUAUGGGAAAUCAUACAUUCUUCUAUGCCUUUAAAAAGAUACCAUAUAGAGUCCACAAAAUUUUGCCAUGGAUGCGGACUGUGUUGUACAUUUCAGGAGGAGCAAUGGUAAACGGACAGGUACGAUGUUGUGUGAAUGAACAUUGCAUCGUCUUAAAUAAUCUCAUAAUUAGAAACUCUUUCAAAACCCAAUUAUGCUUCUCCUUCAAGUAUGCAAUUUAAUGAUGACGUGAUUCUCAAUCAAAUGGGUAAAAGAAAGCAUUUCUUGUCUAUGUUUUGCAUGAAGUAUUUUUGAAUUUAUAAAAUCAUCGAAAAUCAAUGCGAAAGAUGCAUGCUGCUUAAGUAGUCACUCUUUGCCAAGUACGGUUUCUACAGGAAAUCAAAAAUAAGUGCAUUCAAAAGUCGACGUCCUGCCGAGUCUGAAAUGUUAUAAGAUUGUGCCGCACGCUAAUCAAUAUUACAACCCCACCCAAGUAAUCCUUCCUAAUCGAAAACGCAUUUCAUAAUUUCGGCCAGAAUUUCAUGAGAUCGGUCACGCACUGUAAGUACACUGACCAGGAUUUUGUACUGCAAGACGAAAAAGGGGGCUGCUCGGAUCUUAAUUGGCACGGCGUGGGCCUGCACCCGGCCUUGCCAUCGUCUUUCAACGUUGGGAUUUUUUAUGGGUGCGCAUUUCCAAUAACGCUGGUCGAACUCCGAACUGGCCUUUCUAUUGGUCGAGCGCACCUACCGUUGGCCAGUUUUAGGGGGCAACAAGUGCACACACAAGCAUCCACACAUACCUUACCUCAUCCAUCCCCAUCGACGUUGGGAAGUCUCAUCGCCUGAUUUUUGCGCGAAUAGCAUGGUGUUUGUGCGUAUAUGCAUAUGACCAAACAUCCCUGAGCGCUUUCGGAAUACCAAAGGAACAAUAUAAGCAGAUUAUGGAACUAAAGACUGUGAAUUUCGGGCAUCUGGUUGCAAGUGUCCGAUCUGGCCAUCGGUGCUGUUGUUUUCUGUCUUGUCGUUUGGCGGGCUACCGUCUCUGGGCAUUGUAGCUAAUUAAUGGACGUCGAGCAGUUUCGGCAGGUUCAGCAGUGGGUUUUAUAGUGGACUGUCCAACGAUUUAACUAGUAGAAGGGAGCGGUGUGCAUGGACCCAGGUUUCGAUCAGUUUAAGCGCCCCACAUGGCGAUUGGGGACAUAUGGAUAGGCGAGUUGGCGUGGUCGACUAGUUUUUGAGAGUUCUGCCGUUUGUCUGAUUAAUUCUGACUGCGGAAGGACGGCCUAGGAAAUAUCGUGAGUUCUAGGGGCUACCAGAGCGAAGCUGAACCGUACACGUGCAAGCAGCAGUGAUGACGAACAAGUGAAGUAUCUUCGACAGUGGUAGCAUUUUGUGGUUCAGGUGAUGGUUUGACUGCGGAACUGCCCGACAAGAAGGGAGCGUGAUUAAAAAAUGCGGUAACUCCGAGCACACGUGUGAGCGGCUUCUGGAUGAUUGUGAAGCACCUGUCAUCAUCCAUAUUCUACGGGGUUGGCUCGAAAGGGGCUUCAAGGGAUACGUUUAAUCCAGACCAACUUACUAGGUCAUCUGGUAUUUGACAGCCGGAUGUACUUUAGUGGAAUUUUUCGCGAAACCUUAUUAUUUGGGAGGUGCACGUCAAUUUUCUACCUUCUGUUUAAACGUUUAUUUUCAUUUGUUUAUCUUGCCUUUACACUUGAUUCUGGUUCCUUCAGAAAAAUCUUUCAUGCACAUAUUCGUGACCCCAUCUAUUGGCACUUUCAAUGACUCGUCAGAUAUAAACAGCGUUUACUGACCGAUAAGCUUGUUCUUUUAUUCUUUAUGUUACCGUAGACGGACGAAAUUACACAUUUUGCUUUUCACCUGAAUCAUUAUCUUUAUACGGCUAAUUGCGUAGUGUUUGUCUUCUAAUGUUCAGGUUUGCACUUCUCAGUACUUCCUAUGGUGGCUGGUUCUUCUUCCCUCUGCUCUGGCAUGCGUUUGCGUCCCAAGAGCCAGGAGAGCUCCCAACCUCAGAUUGCUUCGAGUCCUCGGAUUGAACACAGAUGCAGUUCUUUGGGCACUGCCACUUGUCCUACUCUGGGUUGGCGGCCAAGCAGCGUGGCUUCUGGUGGCUUACUUUCAUGAAAUUUAUGGCGUCUUUUGGGGUAGAAUCUUGUGGUUGGCACUGUGGUCGGCCUCUGUCUUCUUCCUUCUCAUUAAUGUUUACCUUCUGCACUCUCUGCUAAGAGCCGUUUGCCCUGAGCCAUCUGCCGGUGAGCGGAGGGUGACUCAUAAGCUGCCAGCUCAGUAA